UUGUACAAAUAUCGAUCGAGAUGCGCGCGCAUCUUCUACGUUCUUUACUCAUAAGUUGUUCGCGCGUCUGACCGAUCGCUUGUGUAGCGAAUAGUGCCAAAAACGGCUUUGAUUCAAAAAAAGUAAUCACCGUUUUCGAACGUACCCCUAUCGCUGGGCCGUUGCCCAGAAAGAAUUUAAAAAGUAAAAAAAAGAAAAAUGCACGCGCUCCCGUAAUUUUUCUUACGCUCGGAUUUUUACGUGAAUUAGAAGGAAAAAAGGGGGGGUCAACAAUUUUUUGUACCAAAAAGUCUAAUAAAACUAUUACAACGGCUACCUUAAGGAUUAUUGAGCAUCAAAUGCAUCCAGCGUUCGCUGUGAAUGCUAAACAACAUAAGUUAGGAUCGACAGAGUCGGAGGAUCAGUUUAAGUGUGACGUGCCCAUUUCGUUACCCGCGCCACCGGACAUCGCGCCAUGUCUUUGCCGAGAGAGUUCAUCUUUAACCAGGAGCUGUCCAAGCUGGACCCCCAAAUCCUUGGCUCCUCGGCGCCCCCGACGACCGUCGCUCCUCUCUCCUGCUCCAUCGACCUGCCCACUGAUGCUAUCGAGGCAACCCUGUCCCCGGACAAGUCAGGAUCGCUGCUGUCGGUACAGUCGGCGCCGCCAGAGCAGAGGGAGCGUCCCCACAGCCUCAUGCUCGAGCUGCCGUUAGCCACUCAAGUGGGCGCAUACCUGUCCGCCAUGUCCCCCACCGAGCAGGAAGAGGACUCUCUGCUGACGCUGUCGUCGGUCACGGCGCGGCCGCUGCUCGCCGCGUCCAAGAAGCUGCGCUCCGAUACCACUAGCGAGUCCACGUGUCCCCCGGACGGAGGCUACGGCUGGGUGGUGGUGUUCGGCGCCUUCAUGGUGCAGUUCUGGGUGGCCGGGCUCUUCAAGUCCUACGGCGUACUGUACGUGGAGAUCAUGGAGACCUUCCCGGACAGCUCCGAGUCCGUGGCCUCCUGGAUACCGGCGGCCCUGUCCACCUUGUGUCUCGCUCUAGCACCGUUGUCAUCAGCUCUUUGCGAGAAGUACUCCUGCCGUCUGGUGGUCUUCAUCGGGGGUCUAUUCUGUGGAACCGGCCUAGCGCUUUCCUACUUCAGCACCGGCCUGCUGCAUCUACUGUUCAGCUUCGGGGUCCUGACUGGAAUCGGCGGCGGCCUCUCCACUACGCCGGGGAUCGUCAUCGUUUCACAAUAUUUCGACAAACACAGAGCGCUCGCAAACGGUAUAUGCGUGAGCGGGACGGCCGCCGGCAGCUUCGUGUUUCCUAUGCUUAUAGAGAAGCUAGUUGGCAUGUAUGGACUGCAUGGAACUGUGUUGCUUUUAGGCGGUGGAAUGCUGCACGUCUGUGUGUCAGCGACUCUGUACCGCGACCCCCCCUGCGUGAGAGAACGAGCCACCCCCACCACUACCACUACGGAAAACACUACGCUACUCACCGACAUACAGGAAGGUAAAACGGAACCCAAGGACAACCGCCUCCAGGCUCUGUUUCAGCCCGACGCAGAGAACCACAAGAACGCGCUGCUCACUGAGGAGGCGAAACGGAACGAUCUUCUGGCGGAGAUCAUGCAUCCCAGGCUUAUUGAGGUGACCCGUCAGAACAACCUGCAAAUGUCUGAUUCUGAAGAUUCCGAAGGAAUGGAUGUGCUGGGCGUUGUCGGUGUGCCGCGUGAAGUGGCGCGUCUCCGCCUGCGGCCCACCCGCUCGUCCUCCAUCCUGCACUCCGUGGAGGACCUCUCCACCGACAGCACCUGCGUGUACAAGCGACGCAAGCUCAGCAGAUCCCUAUACAUCAAACCCCCGCUGCCCCGCCUGAUUCCCAAGCUGCCGGAACCCAUCAUCAUCAAGGCAGACCCUGAGGAUCAGAAGGUGGUCGUCAAGAAGAAGACUUGCGUUGAGAAGAUCUCCAGAUACCUGGACGUAUCUCUGCUGAAGUCCUGGCGUUUCGGUCUCCUGUGCGCUUCGGUAGCCCUCAUGUCGUGCGGGUCGCCCUACGCGCUGUACUACCUGCCCGCCUACACCGUGUCCGCAGGACACAGCAAGUCCGCUGCCGGUCGACUGGUGGCGAUCAGUGCGGUUCUGGACCUCUGCGGGCGGUUAGGACUGGGCUGGCUCUGUGACUUGCAGCUUUUCUGCCGAAGAAAGGCCUACAUCCUCAGCAUCCUGGUCGCUGGAAUCUCAGUUCUAACGCUGCCGAGUCUGACUUCGUGGUGGGCCCUGGCUGUGGCAUCAGGCGCAUACGGCCUCUGCCUUGGCUGCUGGUUCCUGCUGGUGCCAGUGUUGCUCGCGGACACGUUCGGCACGGCUCGCAUCGCCUCCUCCUACGGGCUCGUCAGAAUGUUCCAGAGUCUAGCUGCGCUCUCUGUCCCACCUACGGCAGGUAAUAACAACUAUCUCCCUCGCGCUGUCCCGGCAUUUGUAUGCUGGUUCCUGCUAGUGCCAGUGUUGCUCGCGGACACGUUCGGCACGGCUCGCAUCGCCUCCUCCUACGGGCUCGUCAGAAUGUUCCAGAGUCUAGCUGCGCUCUCUGUCCCACCUACGGCAGGUAAUAACAACUAUCUCCCUCGCGCUGUCCCGGCAUUUGUAUGCUGGUUCCUGCUAGUGCCAGUGUUGCUCGCGGACACGUUCGGCACGGCUCGCAUCGCCUCCUCCUACGGGCUCGUCAGAAUGUUCCAGAGUCUAGCUGCGCUCUCUGUCCCACCUACGGCAGGUCUAGUUCGCGAUGUAACCGGCGGCUACUCUUGGUGCUUCUACGGCAUGGGCUCGUGCAUGGUCCUGGGUUCGAUCCCCGUCGUGGCCUUCCAUCUGUGCACCAAGAACGAGGACGCGGAGUCGGGAGUAGAUUGAACAUGGUAACACGCCUAUCUGUGUUCGCUCCCAUGGACUUCGGUAGUGGAAUCUAUACUAUCUAUAAUAUCCUAUAUCCAAAUAUUACUCCCGUUCUGUAUUACUAACUUUCGAAGAAGCGUUUUAGCUUUCAAUGUGGAGUUUGUUUCAAUAUGGCCCUUCUGUUUUUGGAUAUUCUAAGUGUAGCGUGUUUUAACCUCUAGCGGCCCACCAUACAAGGAAAAUUGCCAAUCGAAUUUGAAUCAACGGUAUUAGACAAUAGACUUGAAUUUGCUUUGUUUUAAAAUCGAACGGAACGAAAUAAAAGAAACUCUAUUCCAUUUCAUUAAGAUUUAAAUUUCAUUGGAGGUAAUUUGUACUAGUAUUAGGACAUUGAAGCCCAAGAGGUUAAGGUAUAAAAUGUUCAGGAUUAGUGUGAAUAGGUAUUAUUUUGUCCUUGAUUGAUUAUUUUAUUUGUGUGAUUUAGUUUGUCAAACUACUUCGUUGAUAUUGUGUCAUUUCUUCUUUAAACCAACAUAAUACUACAAUGAUUUUGAUAGCACACGCAGUGUUAUUUAUACGUCAUAAUUUCAUAGAAGUUUGACGUUUAAAAUAACACUUGCACUGCGUGUGCUAUCAAAAUCGUUGCAUACUACUCUUAUAUUUGUCUAACUCUAGAUAUUUUUACAGUUAUAAGUUUUAUUAAUAAUGUGUAAUUUCUGGUCUACGAUAAUCGUAAUCGUAUAGGUAUUUCAUUUUAUCAUGUCAUACUUUUUUCAAAGAUCACAAUAAGUGAUAUUUACCAGAUCAUUAAGCUCUGGUUUCCUAGGAUAGUCUACAAAAUACUAAGACAACCAUAUUUAGCCGUAUUCGUAUGGAGACGGCCGCUAUAUGACGGCACCGCUAUCCAAGGAAACCGAGCUUAAGAACUAUUAAUUGCUUGACCGAUGGACAAUAUGUAAUCAUCAAAUACCUACAUAUUAAGACCACAUACAUUAAUCUCGUUUUACCGCACAAGUGCAUCGUAUUAGGUUUGCGGAUUCCCAAAACACAACACAAUAUUUUAAAACCAAAACAACAACAACAAAAUGAACAAACAAACAACAAACAUAACAUUCGUAUUCGUUAAAUUUCACUGUCAAUUUGCCUCACGAGAAAAACAUGCAAUUGUGAAAGUUAAGGAAACUUUCAAAAAAGUUUGAAUAUGUAGUUCUCGGAAAUUUCAUAAAAUAAUUCAUAGGAAAUUGAGGAAACCUUCAGUUUGGAAACGGAAUAUUUCGAUCCCAAUGCAAAAUAUGAGAAGUUACUGAAAUUUUUCCAUCUGAAAAUAUCGCAAUUUUGUAAACUUUCCAAGAACACAUCAGUAAUACAUCGCAACUGCGCGUGAAUCAUCAUCAUCAUCUCACAUAUCCAUUUACGAUGGCAUUAACUUAGUAAUUAGCAACUUCCAGCACAAAUGUGUGGCCGGACAAAAUGUUAUAAUAUAAGAGAUGCACGGGAUAUUCGGUUAAUAUUUUAAUAUCCGGCCGGAUACCGGAUAGUUGUUACUAUCCGGCAAUCAAGCAAUGUUUUGCUUGAUUUCGGAGUAAACAAAUUGGAUUUAAGAAACAGUAACGGUCGUACUUGUUUAUUGUUUUAAAACAAUUUAAACAUGCCACUGACUUGCACGCGCACUCAUUUCGAAUCUAUCUAGAAAUGUGUCCGCGCGAACGUUCACUAGGGAACAAGUCAAACCUACACAAAUCGCACCUGAAAAACCGAAAUGUAGGUAUAGUUCCGCCGGCCCGAUACCGAAUAUUCGGCCGAUAGUAAGGCCGAAUAUCCGUUAUCCGGCCAAACAACUAUCCGUUGCAUCUCUACAGUUUAAACUAA